AUCCCUCUCUCCAUCAGUCUCUCACUCUCUCCGUACACUAACUUUCUACUUUGCUUUGUCAUUCUUCCUACAUCUCGGUGAGUAGAAAAUUCACCAUGUCUGGGAUCCAGCAGGCCAUGUCUCUCCUCAUCGCCUCCUUCCACAAGUACUCUGGGAAGGAGGGGGACAAGUUCACCCUCAGCAAGAUCGAGCUGAAAGAGCUGCUCGAGGCUGAACUAGGGGAGAUGCUGGGGAAAGCCAGUGACAAGUCAGCAGUGGACAGAAUCUUCAAGGACCUGGACUCUAACAAAGACAACACUGUUGACUUCAAGGAGUAUGUCACCCUGGUGUCCUGCCUCACGGUGAUGUGCAAUGACUUCUUCAUAAAGAAGUAGAGCACUUACGCCACCUAGCGGCCAUCAUACAGAACUGCAUGAAGAGACUUCAAUUUUCUCUCAACUAAACAGAGAGAUUUCACAGGAGGGAGAUACACUUGGAGGACAAUGACAUGCAAACACAGUGAAGCAGUCUAGAGUAGUAAUAUUACAGUAAUAGAUAAUAGUAAUGUCCUUGUAAUGCAAAGUCCAUCGAUAAACAAAUUAGAUGAGUAUGUUCA